AAACUUUUAAACAAGGUGAAGAGACAGAGAGACCGUGUGUUCGGUGACCCUGCUGACAGAAGGAAAGAACCACUGCACCACACAAUCCAAACAUCUGAGGUCUUUUACAACAAAAARCAGAGACAAAGAAAGAGGCAGAGUCACUGUGGAUUUUUUUUACAAACUGCUUUCUCUUUUUUCUCAUCCUCCCUCUCCUCUCUGAUCUCCAUGCUGUGCUUUGAGAUUUGUGCACCAAAUCCUGCACACGUUUGCCUCCCAAAACAAUCUAAACUCCAGUUUUUCUGCAGAGAUUUGCAACCAAACAAAGUGAAUCAAGCUUUUGCUGAAUUUCAUCUGGACUAAAACUUCCACCCAAAGCCUGGUUGCAGGAUGAAUUUAACUGAACCCAGCUUGUCUACAGAGACUUCUCUGUGUCGCAGCAGGAUGGCUCUUGGAGGACCGUGGACAUCCGAGACACCGAGUCCUGCUUCUGAUCCAGAUAUGGAUUUUGAGCAGAGCCUCUCUGCUGACAGCAGCUCCCCUGAAUGCCUCGAAGGGGGAAGCCUGAGAAUUGCUCUGACUGCCAGUUUGGGGGAACAGAAUCCGGAUCAGAUCCAGACUGGAGGCGUAUCGGAGGGGAAAGCAGCGGGGGUUGAGCAGAGGAUCCGCAGGCCCAUGAAUGCCUUUAUGGUUUGGGCUAAGGAUGAGAGGAAGCGUCUGGCGCUGCAGAACCCUGACCUGCACAAUGCUGUGCUCAGUAAGAUGCUCGGCCAGUCAUGGAAGGCCCUGAGUGCCAUCGACAAAAGACCAUUUGUGGAGGAAGCAGAGCGUCUUCGUGUCCAACACCUACAGGAUCACCCAAAUUACAAGUACAGGCCACGCCGCAAAAAGACCACCAAAAAACUGAAGCGAGUUGAACCAGGCCUCCUGAUGCACAGCUUAACUCAGGGUGGGGCAUCGGGUCUUGGUUUAGGACAUGGUGUCUCGCCUUUCAGUACAGAAAGUGUCUCUGGAAGUUCUGGUUAUGGACAUCCAAUUGCACAUCCCUCACACCAUAACUCUCCCCACCACCUUCUACCAUCUUUGGGGCACUUCAGGGACCUCCAGGCCCCAGGACAACCAGAGCUGGAGAGUUAUGGAUUACCCACUCCAGAGAUGUCCCCUCUUGAUGUUCUGAAGGAUGGAGCAGGGGAGUCUGUGUUUUUCCCUCAACACAUACAAGAGGAGGCAGGGCUAGGAGGUUGGAAUGGUUACCAUCACCACCUUCACCAUCACCAUAACCAGCCGUACAGCUGUCACUACACUAGUUCCAGUCCCCACAGUUCCAUCCAUGCURUAGGUUCUGGCGCUGCUUUAAAUUCCAGUUGUAGUCCAGGUAGAAAUUUGAGACUUGACUCUGGAAUAAAUUCUGCUGAAUCAAAUAUGACUUCAAACAUGACCUCCAGACUGAAUCCCACUCAUGCCUCCACUCACCAAGUAGCUUUAAGGAAUCCUGCAAAAUGUCCCCCACCUGUAGUUGACUCUUUCUCCCUGGUUUCCUACCCUCAUCCCGCCCUCAGCCUCGCUGAGCCGGUGAAAUGCCAGCAAACAACCCUGAGCACAGCUCCUGUUGGUUACUUUGGCCAAGUUUAUGGGAGUGGCACCACAACUGCUACACA